AUGGCUACAGUUUUGGGACAGUUUAUGGAGUUUCACCCAGUUCAUGGUACAAAUGUGCAACUGGACUGCUGUGGGACUAAAGCCACCCGAGUUGAAAGUUUUGCUAAUGGAAUCUGCUUUAGUAAACAUUCUUUAAACCCUGGAGAGAUUUUCCUGGUGGAAAUCGAGGACAAGGAGAUAGGCUGGUGUGGCCACCUCAGGAUCGGACUAACUGCACAUGAUCCUCAAAGGUUGGAGACGGUUCCUGAGUAUUCCCUGCCUGACCUUGUGGACCAGGGAAGAAGUUGGGUGUUUGCCAUAACCAGAAACCACAACAAAGUUAUUGACGAUGAGGUUCAGGAGGUCCAAGGAGCAGGUGGGAGGCAAGCAGAUGGGAAUGAGGGCAGUAAUGUUAAAACUUUUUUCACGGAAAGUCACUUGUAUAUAGAGAAUGUGUGCAUACCAAAGGACAAGUUGGUAGGACGGAGUCGGCCUGGACGGUUUAGUCACAUCCUGGAUGAUCUUUAUAAAAUUAAUGCUUUGCCUCCCACAGCCAGACGCAGUCGGAUAGGAGUUUUGUAUGUGCCAAAAAGACAGGGUUUUGCUGAUAUGCAUAUUGUCAUCAAUGGUGAAGACAUGGGUGCCUGUGCCAAAGGAAUUCCCACCACUCAGCCUCUCUAUGCUGUCGUGGAUGUAUUUGCUGCUACUAAAAGUGUCAGAAUUGUACAAGUGGAAUAUGGCCUUCCCUCACUGCAGACACUUUGUCGAAAGACUAUUCAGAAGCACAUCAUUCACAGAAUGGCUUUGGACUGGUUGGAGCUUCCAGAGAUGCUAAAACAUUACUGUAAAUUUGAAUAACAGAGUCAUGGGAGAACUGGAACGGCUCUGACAGCAACACAGUUUACAAACUCUGAAGAUAAGAGGUGGAUUAUAACAGCUGUUAAACACAUGUAUAUAACGAAUAGCAAACAAUGUAUGUAUGUAACAAAUUAUUUAAUGACCACUAUAAUUCUUCUAUGGUCAUCUUGAAUAAACUGAAGUCUACUGUGUCUCUUUUCUAAGACAUUUUAUCAUCCUUAAAAUUUAAAUUGCCAUGCAUGUCAGUAAGAUAUGUCAGUAUAAUGAUGAAUGUAGAAAACACUGUUUCCCUUAUACAUAAUUCCCUUAUACACAAAUACAUAAUUGAC